AUGACUGCUGUUCUAACAGAACGAGAAGUGAUUUUGGAUUUUUUAGAAAUGUACAAAUCGUUUACUUGUUUAUGGGAUAUUACUUGUAAGCAGUACAGCAACAGGGAUGCAAGAAACCAGGCGCUUGAGUUAUUAAAAGAAAAAUUAAAAAUAAUAGACAAUGACGCUAGUAUCUCAACUGUAAAAAAGAAAAUUGAGAAUAUGAGAGCUGCAUACAAAAGAGAAUUUAAAAAGGUACAAGAUAGUAAAAGAACUGGUGCUGGUCUAAAAGAUAUUUAUGUGCCAUCUUUAUGGUAUUUUGAAUACCUAACAUUUCUAAAUGAAAAAGAAAACACAAGUAUAAGUGGAAUUGACACUAUCGAUUUCAGUGGUGAUGAUGAGGUAUCUGAAACACAAAGCAUUGUAAAUGAAUCAUCAACUACAUUGGGUAAGAAACGACGUGGUACAAAGUUGCAACAACAACAACAAACAUUAAUUGAAAGUGCACAACAUUUAAUGUCUAAAGUAGAUAGUCCAGAGGACAUAUAUGGGAAAAAUAUAGGAAUGCAGCUAGCAGAAAUGACUAAAACUCAAAAAUGUAUUGCUGAAAAAUUGAUUUCAGAAGUUAUUUUUUAUGGAAAAUUGGAAAAAUUGACUUUAUGUUCAUCAAUUUCAUUAAGCGGCUAUGAUAAUUCUUAUAACUAUUCAACACCAUCACCUAGUUCUACAAUGCUUUCUUUGCAUUCAGACACUUCUCAUAUUUCACCAGUAACGACCAUGCCUUAUAACUCUUCAACACCAUCACCUAGUUCUACAAUGAUUUCUUUGCAUUCAGACACUUCUCAAACUUCACCAGUAACAACCAUGCCAAUUCCUACAUCAAAUGAAGUACCAAAUGAUCCAAAUAAUAUACAACAUUCAUAUAAUGUGAAUGAAUUUUUAUUGUUCAAGCAUCUAUAA